AUGUCCGACGUCCCACCAACCCAGUCCAAUCUCAAUCCAGAAGAACCGAAAGCACCAGCCCCUGCACCUCAGUUCCAGCAAUUCCAAUCUCAAUCCAAAUUACUACCAAUUCCAAUACAAAUCGAAGAAGGUCUGAACCGCUUACGCAAAGAGUAUGCUACAGCUCCAAUUGAGAGAAAGUUGUUGCUAAAUUCAGUAAAAAUAAUGUUUAGGGUAGAAGGGUAG